AUAAGUGCGUCGGCUAUUUACACUCGUGAACGUAAGUGACACUGACAACAACAGCAAUCGUCUACAAAUCAUCGUUUACGCUUCCGAAAGGAAGAUUUGUUUUACUUAGUUGUUCUGGGAAGUUUCAUCAAGCCACCAUGUCUUCGGCAGAUGUUGAUAUGCUGAUUGACAUGGGCUUCCUUCGCGAGAAAGCGGAGAAGGCUCUACAAAUGACUGGCAACAAAGGAGUGGAACCGGCAAUGGAGUGGCUGUUGGCUCAUAAUGAUGACGUGGAAUCUAGUUCAAGUGGCGCUGCUGCCUCGUCCAAUGCAAAUGGAGAAGAAGCCGCAAGUGCAGAGACUGCCGAAGCAGAGGCUAAGUCACUCAAAUGCAAUGAAUGCAAUAAGCUUUUUAAGACCCAGUCUGAAGUUGAAUUCCAUGCUGCCAAAACUGGGCAUACAGACUUUGCCGAGUCCACUGAGGAAAAGAAACCAUUGACAGAGGAAGAGAAGGCUGAGCAAGUCAGGAAGCUAGAAGAAAAGCUGAAAAUGAAGAGAAAAGAGCGCGAAGAGAAGGAGAAGCUAGAAGCCCUCGAGAAAGAGAAAAAUCGUAUUCGUUCAGGGAAAGAGAUGAUUGAAGCAAAGCGCAAGCUUGAAGAGCAAGAAAUAAAGAAGAUGGCCGAGUUGAGACGAAGAGAGAAAGAGGAUGACAAGAGAGCAAGAGAUAGAGUUCGAGCACAAAUAGAAGCUGAUAAAGCAGCAAGGAAAGCCAAGGCUGAUGCAGCAGCGGGAAUUACCCCGGUAACCCCAGCUCCAGCACCUGUGCCUGUCCAAGUCAAACCGGCUACACCUUCUGCACCGAAAGAUUACAGUGAAACUAGGCUUCAGAUACGACUUACUAAUGGUCAAGCCCUUACUCAAACAUUUGGGGCUAAAGAAACACUUUCAGCAGUGAGAGUGUACAUUGAAAUGAACCGCACUGAUGGAGACGCACCAUUUUCUUUAAUGACCUCAUUUCCAAGGAAAGUGUUCGCCUUUGAAGAUUAUGAGAAACCACUUGAAAUUCUUGGUCUUGUGCCAUCUUCUGUGUUAAUUGUUGCUAAAGCUCAGUAAUAACUUAGAAAAACUCUUCUGUGGCUUCUGUGAUUACUCUAUAGCACAAUGUGGAUUGGAUGAAUUCUGAAAUAAUGCUCAUCAUUUGGAGCUUUUCAAAAGUGUCAAACAUGUGGGCAACUGAAAUAUUACCUGUGUAUGUAAUGUGAUGAACUAUUAUAACCAUUUUAAGAUUCUCUUAAUAAAUUGUUCAGUGAUAAAUUA